CACACCCAACAAAACCAGAACUUGUCAUCAUCGCAUGACUAAACGUCUCUUUGAAUUAGAAAAGUGGAUUAACCUGCAAAUAUGGCCAAAGGUCAAUGCACCAAUCAGGAGCUCUCAAAUCUGCUGAAUGAACUGUGGAAGCUGGACGUGAAUCGAAUGAAACCUGGACGAGACUAUAAAAUCAACCUACAGGGCAAGGCUGGCUUUGUGUCUGAGGGCAAUAAUAGUGCCAGGGACUGCGCUAGAGCUCCUCUCUUCUCCUAUGUCAAUGAAAACAAGCUCAAAAGCAUUGAUACCUAUGCCUACUUUAUCACUCUGCUGGAUAAUUAUGAGACGUCAACGGGAGUUGCUGAGCAGGUCACUAAAGAGGAGCUUCAGGAGAACAACCUUUUUCUUGAUGCCAUUCUGAAGACUGAGGUCAUGAAGUGUGCCCACAGGUAUUUAGUAAGCAAAGGUCGCGCCCAGUCGGAUCUGGUUCAGUUUAAGAGGCAGCUCUAUGACAUCUGGUUCAAGCUCUACCGCAGAGACAAAAGUGGAGCUGAAGAUUCCUGUGGAUUUGAGCAUGUGUUUGUCGGCGAAACCAAGCAUGGUAGAGAGAUCAUGGGCCUCCACAACUGGAUCCAGUUUUACAAUUUGGAAAAGCAAAAUAUCGUGGACUACAAAGGAUAUAAGGCCAGAGAUAAAAAGGACACGCCAGAUGAGGACGAUCACGUCUUAAACCUGCAGUUUAGCUGGAAUGGUCUGGUCAAGCCGGUGGGAGGCUGUUUCAUUGGCGUCAGCCCGGAGUUUGAGGUGGCCCUUUAUACCAUCAUCUUCUUUCUGUCGGGGGAACAUAUGACCAACGUUAAGGUGAAAGUGGAUGAGUAUCUGCUGGAGAUUGUGGUGUACAGAUUCGGGCGCUACAUUGGGACAUCAUAUCCCAAAUUGAUCAGCAGUAACAACCGGGAUCUCUAGAUCUCACUUAAUGGUCAUAACCUGAAACAAAGUGGCUUGAUAAUUCUAAUAAUCACUUCAGCAUUGCAGCAUGUGGUCCUUAAAUCCUCAAACUUGAACUAUUAGCAUGAAUUAUAUAUGGUAUAUGGUAGAUAUAUGUGAAUUUAAACUGUCAGCUCAUAAAAGAUGUUGCAUUUUCUUAUAAAUCUAUUUUAGAAUCAAAAAUUAUUACACUUAUAUGCAACUUAAGUGACACAUACUGGUUUGCAAUCAGACCCCUAUAGUUGGGUCAAGCCUAUACCUUUUUUGUGUGUGUUUUGCGUUUAAUCUGUGUAAAUAUCUUGUUUGCAUUGCAUGCCUGAAUGUUUGGCCAAUUUUUUUUUAAAUACUCUGCUAAAUCAUUUUAUUUUUUAAUACACAUUUUGCAGUAAGUGUAAUCGCAUACCUACCUAUAUAUCUAUAAAUCCCAUAUCUACCUGCUGUGAACUUGAAUUGUUUUAGUUGAUAAUUUGUUAAAAAUCAUGAGCCUGGGCCUUUUGGAUGAAAGAUAUCAUUUACUCAUUUGUUACAUAUCUGUUCUUGGAAUUGUGUUGUAGCAUGACAAUUAUUUUCCAGAUAAACAUCUCAUUUAAUGACAGAGUAUUUAUACUUUACAUUAUGUAAGUUUACACCAUUUAAGCACAGUAUGUAUUAAAAACAUUGCCACUACUAAACUUUAUUGUGCCUUAAGUUUGUUACAAUAAAGACCUUUUUUAUUUCC